AAGCUCUAUUCACAACAAAAACAAAUCCGUCGCGUAGUUCGCUCGAUUAUUUUCAAUUAAUUUCUAAAAUCUUGAAAAUUAUUGGAAAUUCAGUAAUUAUACUACUGGUUUUGUAAUCAUAGUCUCGAAAUGAGUUUCGAGGACAAGAAGAAGGCACUGUUUGCCAGUUUGGAGAGUGCCGAGCGCAGCAUUCCGGUGGAUUCCGUUCUGCAUCAGGACGACAAUGUUGACUACGAUCGAGCAAGGCGCAGCAGCGAUCGGGACAGUGCAAGCCGCCGGAAUCGACGGCGGCCGUCGUCCGAGCGGGGCCCGAUUAAGAAAUUCCGCGGGAAGGAAAGCAUUUUUAAGCGGCCAGCCGCUCCCAUCUCGAAAUGUUUGCCCAUGUCACGAGUUCCGGAUUAUAAAAAAAAUCCCCAAAAAUGGACCAAAUACUCGCUGGAAGAUGUGGACAUCAGUGACCGGAGCAACACCGCGGCGGCGUUCAGUUUCUUGCGCGAAAUUGAACACCAGAAGCAAGAUCUAGAACGAACGGAAGCGACGAGUAACGAUUCGUCCGCGGCAUUCCGGCAGAAAGUUAAAUUCAAUCGUUCGAUUAAAUUGAAGUCCCGACUGGGAGACGGAGAUGACGGAGAAUCGUCUCCUACGGAGCAGGAUAAGCCAAUCGUAAAAAGUACGAGAGUUGUAAUGCCUGAGUAUGUUAUCGGGCAAAAAGUGAAGAAACCCUUGAAGCCCACUAAGUUGGGAACGGCUUCCGGUGAUAAGCGGGAUCGCUCUAGUGAGCUGAAGCUGGAUCAUCUGAACGAGGACGACGAAGAGAAUUCGGAUGAUGGCGAGGAUGACGAUGAUGGAAUGGAUUAAUGAAGAUUCUUCAUAUAUAAUUACAUAUACAAGGUAAGUUUUAAGUAAGCAAAUAUUGUAUUACAUGGAAUGUAAAUAGUGAA